CUACACAUGUACAUAUUUAUUUGUGUAACAGGAUUAGGUGAUUGACAGCAGUGUUUGCCUAUCAGUGAAUAGUACCUCCUAUUUAAAGGCCGAUUGGCUGUUACCUGGGAUGCGUCACGUCCGUUUUCCCCCUUUGUUUUGGCUGUGUUGACGGUGGCUGUGGAGUGCAGUUUUUAUGGUCCGGUGCUGCUUUCCUUUUUGUGCUGCUUAGUGGGUUUGAUGACUGUUUGCCUCUCAGCGGUGGGUAUGACUGUAACAAGCCCGUGCCUAUGAAGCAUUUUGUUCGGCGUGAUAUCCUGAUGGAUUCUCCCUCUCGUUCUAUGCUGUGAUUUGUUUGCUGCCGUGAUCGUUUUAUGCCGUGAUUGUUUGCUGCCGUGAGCUCUUGCUGCUGUCUUCGCGCUGUUAAAAGAGCGGCUGUCCAUACAGCCGCGCCGACGAAGUCAUCAACGUUUAUUAAAGGGGACUGCUGGUUUGAUUCUAUUACGUGCCUUUCUAGUGCCCUGCUUCAUGUUUUGGUUUAUUUCAUUAUUAGUUACCAUGGUUAAAUCAUUUAACCUUUUUCUUUUUCUUUAAGUUUGUGGAUAUUUGUUUGAUUGUAUUGCUUUGAUUUUUCUUUUUUUGUGAAACUAUAAUCUGUCGACAUGUGCAUGUUUAAUCUAUGAAUGCAAUUCAAAUCGUAUGGUGAUUUACUGUAUAGAAGUUGGUGUUUGUAACAAUUUCAGGUGAUUAACUAUCUGAUUUUCUGGUUACAUUGUUGCUUCUCCUCACUUCUGUUGGUUGAUACCACUUAUGUGAGGAGUUGCUGCAUUGAUGUUCAUAUUGCCAUUUCUGUCCAGUUUAUUUUCAAAGUUAUUUAUUUUCUUUUUGAUUUAUUGCAGGAGCUGGGGUCCCACGGGUGGUUUGCUCUCCCUCCUUGUGGUGGUGGUUCUCCUUCAUCGUGUGCGGUGUACACCUUGAGUGUUUGAUAGUGUGAUUAGAGUGCACGGGUGUGUGUGCGCGUGGAAGUGUGCUCUUGUGAAACCAAACUCUGCAUUGAUCCCAGCCGUUGGGAGCCUCAGCCCCUGCUGGUAUUACUGUUUUUGUUUUACAUAUACAUACACAUAUACAAAUACAUACUACCUCAAGUUGGUUUUGUUAUCUUUUUCUCUUUUUGUAAUUUGUGUUCUUGUGUUUGAAGUGGGGUUUCAUGUAUUUUUCUGUGAUUCAUUGUUUUGUAUUUUAAUUAACUUUUGUAUUAAUAAACAUUUUGUAUUUUUUUUAUACUUGCGUCUCUGGCCUAAUUUUGAGGGAACCGAACCUGUGUGCUCUAUUAUCCAAUUUGAUUGGUUUGAGUAUUUUCCCUGGGGUUAAUCCUUAGGGUGGCGUAGUCUGACUUUAUUUCUGGUGAACAAAACCUUGGGCUUGUGUCUCAAAAUUACACCGCCCCGCCACAUUCUGGCGUAGUCGGCAGGGUUCCCUCUUGUGUAGUACAGAGACGUGGGUUUUGUUUGUAUAUUUGCUUUUUCUUUUUUUUCUUUUCUUUCUCUUUUGGUAGGAACCAGACAACAGCAGUCCCUCUUUGCGUGUGCAGUUGCAGAUAUGGAGGACGAAUUGCGUGAGUUAAGAGAUUUGGUAGCUCAACUGAAAGCUGAUAAUGAAAGGCUGCGGCAAGAGCCGGUGUCUGUUGCGCAGCCAGGUCCAUCUAAUGUUACUAUUUCUGUGGCUGAAAAUCCCCCACUUAUUGGUGCUGGUGCAUCGACAGCGGAGCGGUUUGUUUUCAUUCCUCGGGAUCGCAAGUGUCCAAAGUUUAGCGGUCGGUCGGGCAUUGGCAUCAAUGAGUGGGUGGAGGAGGCUCAGGCCUGUAUGCGGCUUCGCCAUCUUUCUACAGCUGAUCAGGCAUUUUUCUUGUUUGAUCAUCUGGAAGGAGAGGCGAGGGAAGAAAUUCGUUAUCGAUCAAGGAACGAGAGGGAGGAUCCAGAUCAGAUUACUCAGGUAUUGCGUGAAUUGUACGGUUGUACAAAGUCUUAUGUAGCACUUCAGGAGUCGUUCUUUUCCAGAAGACAACAGGAUGGGGAGACACUGGUGGAGUUCUCCCUGGCCCUGAUGAGUCUUCUGGAAAAGGUUAAAAGUCACUCACCUCAUAGCAUGCCUAACGGCGAAAUGUUAUUAAGAGAUCAGUUUGUUGAGUAUGUUGGUGAUUGUGCUCUUCGGCGUGAACUUAAGCAAUUGGUGCGUCGUCAACCCACUGCCACAUUGUUUGACAUUCGCAGCGAAGCUCUUCGUUGGGAAAGAGAGGGCAUGCCUGGGGGGGUACGUGGUCGGAGCCAGUCUGUUCCAUCCGCUUAUGGCAUCCAAUAUGGGGUACAGGGACAUCAGCAUGUUAAUAGUAGUAGUGGUUCAGCAACGUCAGAAAUGAGUGAACUACGGGACAUGCUCAGAAAGCAGCAACAACAAUUAAAUCAGUUAACCCAAAGUAUGGCGCAGCUUCAAAAUUUUCAGUCACGUUCGCGACCAUUUAAGGCUAACUUAAUUUGCAGAAGGUGUCAGCAACCUGGCCAUUUUGCCAGAGAUUGCGAUGGGGAGCGGAGAUCUGCUUCACCAUCAGCCCGUGUGAAUUCUGCCGUAAUGAGGGGUGGACAGUCAUCUGAGCAGCCGUCGGAAAACUAGUUCCCACCGAGUUGCAGGGCCACAAUUUGGUUGGGAAAAGGAUAGGCUCCAAAACUGUAACUGAUUUUGAUUUUAUGUCACGCCUUAUGUCUACUUGUCCACAGCUUAUUGUAUCUAUGGGUGGGGCUCAGAUACCUUGCCUGGUGGACACUGGUUCUAUGGUGUCCACCAUUACUGAGAGUUGGUUUGUGACAAAUUUUGGGUCGUGGGGUCAGGAACAGCUUAGAUUGUGUCAUUGGUUACAACUUCGAGCUGCAAACGGCCUUUCAAU